CUUCUAUGGAGCAGACAGUAUGUAACGACAGCUGACGUAUAUAUAUUUUCUUUAUACGUCUAUAGAAAGUGGGGACAUUAGAUAAGUUGCUGCUCUUUUAUUUUUGCAAUAUCCAAUUCAUUUAUUUUUGGCUAUACAAUUACUGCAUAUCACAAUAUAUAAACAAAGGAAAGAAUAAAAUUUUACAGUGGAGGGCAGGAUAUUGAAGACCCCUUCUUGUUUUUAUUAUAACUGAAACACGAAAACUAACGGCAAAAUGAUUAUUAUAAAAAUUAUUCAAAACCCAAGCCCUAAUUAAAAGAGAGAAACAAAUUGGAAAAUCACUGCUUUACACCGGACAGAGGAGUUUUAAUGUAUUUGAGAACGCCGAAUUCACUGAACUAGUAGGGACUAUUUUUUACCGAGAUUUAAAUAUAGUUUACUAUACACAAAGUUAAUUUUUAUUUUAUUUCAAUUUCAUGUUUUUCCCCUAAGGUUAUAUAUUGUUGUAUAUGCAUAACAUGUGUAGAGCAUACGCCACCGAAGGAAACACCGGUGUAUGUUAUUGUUGACAUUGUAAAUUUCACAGUAAAGACUUUUUGCAGUCUGCUAGAUGGACGACGUCUAUCAAGUAGUUCGUUAUAAAACUUAUCCGCUGUGUAUUAAAGUAAUUUACAUACAUACAUACUUGUAAAUAUAAAUGGAACAAACAAAUGUGAUGUUGAAAAGACGAAGGCAUUAAUUGUAUGAUAGACUGUAUCCUUGAAAAACAAUAUUAUAUCUUUAAAGUGGUGUGUUCGCUGUAUUAAUUUCAUAAACCAAUUCUUCAACGAAGUGGUUUGUUUUUAAUAUUGAUGUUGUUUUGUACAAAGGAUAUCAUUUAGGUCUUCCAGAAAUGUUAUUUAAUAUGAAUUCUUGCCAGAACUUUCUGGCUGUAAUAUUCUUUUUAUGCAUCAUUCAAGCCGUGUCUACCAAUCAGUUUAUCAGUGUUGUUUUGGUUGGUGCUACCGGAGACCUAGCUAAGAAAUACCUAUGGCAUAGCAUGUUUGAAACCUAUAAAAAUGGAAUCGAAAAUAAAGGUCCCUAUUUUCUGUUCUUUGGAGGUGCAAGGGCAAAUAAAACUUUUGGCGAAGACACUCUCAUGAAAAUAAUUGACCGUUCUGUUACUUGUUACAAUAUGCAAUGUGAAAGUCAUAAGAGACGAUUUAUAACAGUUGUUAGAUAUGUCCAGCUGAAAGUCGAAGAAGACUAUGAAAAUUUAGCCCAUCAAAUGGCUCUUGACGAAGAAGGUCAUUCCCCAGAUAAUCCCAUUGCUGGUCGUAUUUUUUAUUUAUCAACUCCUCCAGCCACAUAUGUGAAAACAGCUCAGCUUUUACACAAACACUGUCGAUCACAUGUGGCUAACAGUUGGAUACGAUUAGUUCUGGAGAAACCCUUUGGCAACGACCGUAAAACUUCAGAAGCCUUAGCCUCGUCUCUUGAGCAGUGGUACGCAGAGGAAGAAAUCUACAGGGUUGACCAUUACUUGCAGAAACCUGUUGUUAAACAAAUUCUACCAUUCAGGAUUAAAAACCAAAAUUGGUUGGAACCUCUAUUGAACAGACAUCAUGUAGAAAGGGUGGAAAUUGUCAGCAAAGAAUACGUUGGUGUCAAAGGAAGAACGAAGUUUUACAAUAAUGUAGGUGUACUUCGUGAUAUGAUGCAAAAUCACCUGACAGAGUUACUUACACUAGUUUCAAUGGAACUUCCUACUGAUGGAAAUGUAGACAACAUUGAUGAAAUAAAAGAAAAGAAAAUUGCUCUCCUUGAACAAGUGCAACCAAUGAAAGUCAAGUCUCUUCUUUUCGGUCAGUAUAAAGACUAUAUGCAAGAAGCAGAGAAAGAAGGUAUCAAUAAAUCUUCAUCAGUCAAGACACCAACAUUUGCAGCUGCCUUGCUUCACAUAGAAUCUGCACGAUGGAAGGAUGUCCCAUUUGUCCUUGUGGCUGGCAAACAAAUGGAUGAAAGGACCACUUAUGUUAGAAUUAUUUUCAAAAAUAAUGUAUUCAAAAUUCCACCAACUACUGAUAAUGAGAGGAUUCAACAAAUCGUUUUUCAUAUCAACUAUGGUGUUAUGAAAGAGCCCUGCAUUAUUGUACCAUGGUCUCUUCACAAAGCUCUCUGGCCUAAGGAUGUUGUACCUAAAAUGUGGUCUCAGCCUCCUGCUUAUGGUUCUGAGAUGUCUACCUACCAAACUGGUGUUCCUGGUCAAACUACCGAUGCUUAUAUACAAGUGGUUCAAGAUAUAGUAAACGGUAAACAAGCUAACUUUGUUGGAACCCGUCAAUUAAUGAGUAUGUGGGAUAUUUGGCAAACUAGUCUUAAUGUAUUGGCAAAACGUCCCAAACUUUACACACGAAACAAUACUUUGGAUUUUACAAUUAUUAAUAAACAAUUAGCAUUCGUUGAGAGUGAACAUUUACAGCAAAAAUAUGUGAAGCCAACUUCAGACAAACCAGUAUUUGCUCAAUUACCAAAACACUUUCUUGGUGGAAACCUCUAUGUGAAUUCAACUGGUGCAUUGGCCAUGCAAUUAACUUCAUCUAUUAUUGAAAUCUCAAUGAAAUUGAUUAAAGAGAAGAAGCCAUUCCACAUUGGAUUUUCCGGUGGUAAAACACCAGCUUUGCUUUUCCGUAAAUUAAGAGAAAUUUACCCCCUCCACUUGUGGGUUAACACUCACAUCUGGUUGGUUGAUGAGCGAUGUCAGCCUUUAAACAGUCACAGAUCUAAUUUCAAUUUAUUGUUUACUGAACUUUUACAACAUAUUAACAUUCCCUAUGUCAACCUUCACCCAAUGCCAGUAUCAAUAGCUGGCUCUCUCUGCACUGAUAAAGAUGAAGGGGACAUUCUUUAUGAGAGACAGCUAUCUAAUUCUGUAAUCAAUGGGCUGGACUAUGUUGUACUUGGGCUGGGAAAAGAUGGUCAUGUAGCUUCUUUAUUUCCACAUGAUAAAUCCUUAACCUUAACAACCCCAAGGAAAGUGAUUCUGACUAAUGCUGCCAACAGAGGGGAUAAACGAAUGUCGCUUACUGUUGACUUUCUUAAUAUGUCUAAAAAUAUUGCUCUUUUUGUGACUGGUAAAGAAAAACAUAACAUCUUAAACAGCAUUAGUUCAGAAAGUGACAGACUUAAAUAUCCUGUUCAAAAUAUUCAGCCAAAUGCUGGACAUCUUGCUUGGUUUGUAGAUUCAGCUGCAUGGCUUGGAGUGUGAUCAGAUGAGAGCAGGAAAAAUAAAGUUUUUUUUUUGUUUCAAUUAAUUAAUAAGCAAUA